AUGGGGCUGUUUGCAGUUAUUGUUCUUGUUGCGUUGGGUCGUAGUGAGUGCACCACAGUCCGCCAAUGCGAUGUGUGUGUUGAGGGUUCGACAACACAAUGCAAAACAUGCAAUGAAGGCUAUUUUGUAACAUCGACUGGGAUUUGUACUGAGAAAGCAAAGUAUAUUGGGUGUGAGACGUUUGGUGAUACCGGUUGUACUAAGUGUAAGGCUGGUUAUGUCACGAUGGGAAACGGAGUAUGUGAAGAGUGCAAACUUUUUUUCACACACUGUGCAGAUUGCAAUGAGACACAUUGCAAAACGUGCGACACUGGGUACAAAGCCAGAGACGCUUCGGAGAGUGUGAAACAAAUAGCUGGCGGAGUUAAACAGGUUUGUGGGGCUCACUUGAACUCGCUUGUCAUAGCUGUUCUUAUUUUAAUCAUCAUGAUGUAA